CAGCAUCUUGGGCAGAGAGAGAGCGAGUAGGAGGAGACAUUCGGUGACUUCUCACCAACACACGACAGCGCGCAGAGAGACGAGCAGAGCCGCCUGAUUUUUUCAGGAUUUCUGAAGCUACUUGGCGGCCCACAGAAGAGUCUGUCAAAGGCAAGGCCACCUUCAAACAUGACGAAGGAGAACGUGGCAGAUGUGGCUUCCGAGGAGGAGCCCCUUGAGCCCCAAGAGCAGCCCACAGAUUUCCACAGCCCGGUGAUGGAGAGACGCAAGAAGCCCAUGGUUCACCCCUCGGCCCCAGCACCACUGCCCAAGGACUAUGCCUUCACCUUCUUUGAUCCGAAUGACCCGGCCUGUCAGGAAAUCCUCUUCAACCCGCAGACGACCAUCCCUGAGCUCUUUGCAAUCAUCCGGCAGUGGGUUCCCCAAGUGCAACACAAAAUUGACACCAUCGGAAACGAAAUUCUCAAGCGAGGUUGCCACGUCAACGACCGUGAUGGGCUGACGGACAUGACCCUGCUACACUACGCCUGCAAGGCCGGAGCGCACGGCGUCGGGGACCCUGUAGCUGCGGCACGCCUCUGCAACCAGCUGAUCUCCCUCGGGGCUGACGUCGGUCUACGCAGUCGUUGGACGAACAUGAAUGCCCUCCACUAUGCUGCUUACUUCGACGUGCCGGAAAUAACGCGCAUCUUGCUUAAGGCUCACAAAUCAAAAGUGUUGAAUUCCACCUGCAGUGACUUUAACCAUGGAACGGCCCUGCACAUCGCUGCCUCCAACCUCUGCCUGGGAGCAGUCAAGUGUCUGCUGGAGCACGGGGCGAAUCCAGCCGUCCGGAACCGCAAGGGGCAAGUUCCCGCCGAUGUCGUUCCCGACCCAAUGGACAUGAGCCUGGACAAGGCCGAGGCAGCCAUGGUGGCCAAGGAGCUGAAACAGCUGUUAUUGGACGCCGUGCCCCUGAGCUGCAACCUCCCCAAGGUCACCCUGCCCAACUACGACAACAUCCCCGGCAACCUAAUGCUCACCUCGCUGGGCCUCAAACUCGGGGACCGCGUCCUUGUGGAUGGGGAGAAGGCCGGAACUCUGCGGUUCUGUGGCACCACCGAGUUUGCCAGCGGCCAGUGGGUCGGUGUGGAGCUGGACGAGCCUGAGGGGAAGAACGAUGGAAGUGUUGGAGGGAUAAGCUACUUCAUCUGCCCUCCCAAGCACGGUUAUUUUGCUCCCGUGUCUAAAAUCAGCAAAAUUCCUGACCAAACCCCUUCUUCGGUCACAUCGACACCCAAAACGCCCCGGAUGGAUUUUGCACGGAUGACGGGGAAGGCCAAAAAGGACAAGAAAGCCUUGAGAAGAAAGUCCCUGUCGGUGGGCAGCCUGGACCCUGAGGGCACGAAGAUCAAGAUUGGAGACCAGGUCCUGGUGGCCGGGCAGAAGCCGGGAAUUAUUCGGUAUUAUGGCAAAACGGACUUUGCACCAGGAUACUGGUAUGGGAUAGAGCUGGACAAGGCGACCGGGAAGCAUGACGGCUCGGUGUUUGGAGUUCGAUACUACACUUGUUCCCCGAAGUAUGGAGUGUUUGCCCCUCCAUCCAGAGUGCAGAGGAUUGGGGGCCCUAAAACUCCUUCAGGUGAUGGAGCUGUCAACAAAAAAAUUCACCAAGUAACAAUGACUCAACCCAAGAGGAACUUGGCGACUGUGAGAACCCCCAAAGAUAUUGCAUCAGAGAGCUCCAUAUCCAGAUAUCCACGAAACAGGAGAAAACCCCAAAGAAUGAAUGACAGAAAGACUUUAGAUCCCCAACUUUUCCUCUCCCAGGCAUAAGCAGCAGCAAAGCAUCAAGCCUUCUCCUCUCCCUCCCCCAGUUGACAGCAAAAACAUCAGCACCCACCAAGCAAGCAAUAGCAAAGCCCCCAAAGAGAAACCAUGAUCUGCAGUCCAAUAAAAUCUAUUGGUCACCCAACAGUCCAACAUGCCAUAGGCCCUCUCUCUCUCCCUCCCUAACAAGGGACGGAGAGAUGUCACCUCUUUUCCACAGCGAGAGGGGAGACCAACAAAACAAAACAGCUCGCUGAUUACGACGUUAAAGUCUGCCACGUCGCGUUUCUGACUUGAGAACCGGAAGCAAGCUCCCCUACUAUCGAGAGAAAGUGAGUGGUCGCCCGAGAGCAGGUGCCUCCAACAGCUGAUCCGCUGUUCGUGACGCUCUGUUUCUCCAGCGACGCCUCAGCUGGUGACGCCAGCGUGGAAUUGGUUGGUCCGUGGGACUGCAGGGCCUCGUCCCGAAGGUGCGUGUCUUCCAGGCCGCAUCCUGGGGGUAUCGGAAAACAGCCAGUCGUUAAGCUCGGUAAGCAGGAACUGCCGUUGCAAAGGACCACAGUUUGAGUGCAGUUGUAAAUCACAGACUCUGACAGAACCCCGUCCACCUUGAAAAGGAAAAGAAGACAUUAAAGGGAAAAAGUUAAGCUGUUUCGCAGAUGAGCUCGAAGAAGCCGUUCUCUGGCAACAUCUUAGCUCCGCUGAGUUUGAUGUAGUUUUUCACUAAUUCAAUUGUAUUUGUUUCUUCUGCAGUGAAUGUCCACAGGGAAAUGAACCUCAGGGUUGUAUAUGGUGACAUAUACGUACUUUGAUAAUAAGUUUACUUUGAACUUUGUUGGUGUGUUGAACCUCUCCUUUAGCCUCCUGGGCUUCAAUAGCAGGCAGAGGCAUCGGAGAACAUUGACACAAUGGGUGACCCCAACUCUCCUGCCGCUUUCCCGUUCUCUCCCACCUGUACACAGUUCACAUCUUUCCCCCUCGCCCUCUGCCCCCCGCCCCCGCCUGCCCGAGUGUCAGACCCUGUUAAUGAGUGAACUCAGCCUUCACCGAAAUUUCCCAUAAGAGACGCAGGAUUAACCCUCUUUGCCUGCCCCAAAAUGCAGAAUCAGUGACAUUCUGAAUGGAGGAUUUGGACACUAAUGGUUGUGACCCAGCUGUGAUUCUCAUUACUUAGUUUUUUUUAUUAAUGUUUGCACUAUUUGUAAGCUGCAGAGAGUUGUAAACUCAGUCAGCUCCGUCGUGAGCACUAUCCUCUGUGGUAUCCAGGACAGCUUCAAGGAGCAAUUGUUCAAAAAGGACCCCCAUCACCCAGGACGUGCUUUGUUCUCAUCAGGAAGGAGGUACAGGAGCCUGAAGUCACACACUCAAUGAUUCAGGAACAGCUUCUUCCCCUCUGCCAUCCGAUUUCUGAAUGGACAUUGAACCCAUGAACACUACCUCAUUACCUUUUUAUUUCUAUUUUUGCACUACUUAGUUAAUUUAACCAUUUAUAUAUUUAUAUAUAUUCCCUGUAAUUCACAUUUUUUUUCUUAUAUCAUGUAUUACAUUGUAGUGCUGCCGCGUAACAACAAAUUUCACAACAUAAGCCAGUGUUAUUAAACCUGAUUCUGAUUCCAAUUCUUUUGCACAUUGGUUGUUUGUCAGUCUUUACUUUUGUAUAGUUUGUUUAAAUCAUAAAUUCUAUUGUAUUUCUUUUUUUCCCCGUAAAUGCCCGCAAGAAAAUGAAUCAUAAGGUAGUGUAUGGUAACAUAUACAUUGAUAAUGAAUUUGAUUUUGGUUUUGACUUUGUAUAUUUGAAUCCAAAAUCCUCAAACCGCCCAGGUGGACUGGGGAACUGAGGGCAAGUUUUGAAAGGCUCAGAUACUACGCAGUUCUAGUUUCAGGCCCUGUCAGCAUGAAACUAACACCGCGGUCCCAGUGGUAAGUGUGACUGAUAAUGGAUCACGGGACACCCAGCUUGUGAAUUUAGAAUCUUUACUUGUACCACAGAGGGUUUAGAAAGAACAUUACAGAGCAAAAUUCAGCACUGAAUUCACAAAAAACAAAUACCGUUCUUAUACUUGCCAGUGAUUGGCUAUAUAUGAGGCGGGUUGAGGCAGGGGGUAGAAUUUCAGUGGAGCCCAGGAGGUGGGGCUUCUUCUUCUUCAGAGAGCAGCCGCUGACCCGUGGACGCUCCUUCACCAUGAGUCAACGCGGCUCCUGAUGGGGUUUGGGACGUGAGAGGGCCAGCUGUCCAUGUCACGUUCACACCUGCGGUGUAGCAGAUGAGAUUAUUAUUUAAAUGGUGAAAGAUUGCAUGGUGCGGUCAUGCAGAGGAAUUUGGGAGUGCUUCAGCAUGAAUCACAGUUUGCCGGUGCAGCAGGCUAUCAAGAAGGCAAGUGGAAUGUUCGGUUUCAUUGCUGGAGGGAUUGAAUUUAAGAGCAGGAGAGUUAUGCUGCAAUAUCACAGGGUACUGGUGAGGCCACUCCUGGAGUACUGAAUGCAGGUCAGGUCUCCUUUCUGUGGCUUAAGAUGGCGCUGUUGAAUCUUAGCAACUUCUGGCUGGUAGCUAACGAAACGAGGAAAACAACUGAAUACUUUGCUGAUCACUCUCUUUUCUGGCAAACGAUCAUUGCAAGCAGUAGUCUGUAACUUCCCGUUGGAGGCAAUUUGAUGCGGCAGAACCAAGGCAGUGGGUCCAUCGCCAAGAGCGAGGUUCGAUUGAUUUAAGCACCAUGCCGAAUCAGAAAGGUUGGGUACAGGCCGAAUCGAGGUGCCUGGGCCCAGGCCCCAGUGUGUAUCAAGGUGACUGAACACAAUGAUUGGACGAUGAUUUAGACCAGAUCGGAAAGGUCAGGGUGCUGGGGCCUGAGGCGAGCAAUGGGCCGGUUCAGCUCCCUGCUCCAUGAUGUUUCCUCAGCUCUGCACUGAACUAUGCGUCUUGGACUCUCUUUGUGGAACUCAACUCAGACCGCUAUUUGCUUGCAGUUAUUGUUUGUAUGAGUAGCUUUUUCUUUCCUUUUCCCUGAACACUGGGUGCUCAAAGCUCUUUUUUAAUGGGGUCUUUUGGGUUUCUUUCUUUUGCGGCUACCUGUUGUGAGACGAAUCUCAAGGUUGUAUAAAGUAUACAUACUUUGAUAAUGAAUGCACUUUAAACUUUGAACUUCCUUGAGGAAAGAUGUACUGGCUUUGAAGGCGGUGCGGAGGAGGUUCACCAAGUUGAUUCCAGAGAUGCGAGGAUUAGCCUAACGUGAGAAAUUGAGUCACCUGGGACUGUACUACACCUUCAGGUUCAAGAAACACCUACGGUAUGUGAAGAAGAUAAAGCUUGUUAAAGAUUAGUUUUAUUUGUCACAUGUACAUCGAAACAUCCGGUGAGAGCGUCGGUUUUGCGUCAACAACCAGCACAGUCUGAAGAUGUGCCGAGGGCAGCCUACAAUGUGUUGCCAUUCUUCUGGCACUAAAUCUGCAUGCCCAAAAAAUCCUCACCCCGUACGUCUUUGGAAUGUGGAAGGAAACCGGAGCACCCGGAGGAAACCCACGCAGUCACUGGGAGAACGUACAAACUCCGUACAGGCAGUUGAAAGGCCCAAAGACUAUUUGAAUUGACUUUAUUUCUUACAUCCUCAUUUAGAAUAUCUGAACUUUAUUUAAACAAGUUAUUACUUUGUCUGAGACAAUUAUGAAACUUGUCUUCUUUUGCACAUUGUUUGUCAGUCUUUGUUUAUGUACAGUUACUCAUAAAUUCUAUUAUAUUUCUUCAUUUUCCUGUAAACGUCUACAAAAAACACCUCAAAGGAAUCAGAAACAAGUUUAUUAUUAACUGCAUUUGACAUGAAAUUUGAUGUUUUGUGACCACAGUACAUUCCAAUAUAAAAACAAUGAAUUACAAUUAAAAAUAGACAAUCAGUGGCCACUCCAUUAGGUACAGCUGCUGGUUAAUGCAAAUAUCUAAUGUGACAGCAGGUCAAUGCAUAAAAGCAUACAGAUAUGGUCAAGAGGUUCAGUUUUGUUCAGACCAAGUAUCAGAAUGAGGAAGAAAUAUCUAAGUGACUUUGACCGUGGAAUGAUUGUUGGUGCCAGAUGGGGUGGUUUGAGCAUCUCAGAAAGUGCUGAUCUCCUGGGAUUUUCACACACAACGGUCUUUAGAGUUCACAGAGAAUUGUGUGAAAAACAAAAAAAAAAUCAUCUGGUGAGUGGCAGUUCUGUGGGUGAAAAUGCCUUGUCAAUGAGAGAGGUCAGAGGAGAAUGGCCAGAUUGGUUUAAGCUGACAGGAAGGCAACAGUAACCCACAUAACCACACGUUACAACAGUGGUGUGCAGAACAGCAUCCCUGAACACACAGCACAUCCAACCUUGAAGUGGAUGGGCUACAGCAGCAGAAGACCACACCAGGAUCUACUCCUGUACCUAAUAAAGUGGCCACUGAGUGAGUGAAUGUGUGUGUGUGUGUGUGU